GGCUAUCUUUGUCCAGUCCUCGUCUCGCCUUCGUUAUAUAGGCUUCAGUUAAUCUUCUCUUUUACUUUAGUAGCAUAGCUUUUAAUUUCGGUUACGUAGUUAUUACGUUUUUAUUUUAUUUUUUAUUUGUAUUCAUCCAAUAGUUUCUACUGGGACCAGUGGGGAGUUUUUACAAGAUAGAGGGACUAUUUAUCGCUGAUAAGGAAAAACGAGGAAAACGCUGACUUGCUGACGCCUGUGGGAGUUGAAAAGAUUGCCAAAGCGCCUGGUUCUUAUCAGACGAGCAGGUGAUAAGGAAUAGUGCUUCCCUUAUUUCUACUUCUGGAUCGCUACUGAUACCAGUACAUCAAGCCUCCCUUCGGCGAGCCCAGGAAUAUUGAGGAGAAAGGCUCAUGCAUGGAUAAGUUAUGGAGUCAGACAAGGAUAAAACAGGGAAGAAGGAAAAUCCCCGUGCCUCUGCUAGUAUUCUCUCCGCCCUCACUUUCAGUUGGACAUUGCCCCUGUUCUGGGAGGGGUUCAACAGGGAUUUGACAGUAGAUGAUUUGCCUGAGCCCUUGAAUGAACAUAGCUCAGCGUUUCUCGGUGACCAAAUAGAAAAAUUAUGGGAUGAAGAAGUCGCUAAAGCCCAACGUAAGAAGACGGAGCCAAGUCUAUUACGGGUCGUUGUAAAAAUGUUUGGUUUGCGUUUGAUGCUGUAUGCAAUAGUCCUUUUUAUUUCAGAGAUCAUUUUAAGAGUGAGUCAACCAUUGUUGCUUGGAGGCCUCAUUAGAUAUUUCUCAAGUCCUAACAUGUCCAAAGACGAAGCCUACUUUUACGCUGUUGGUGUCAUCACUUGUUCUGGCCUCACGGUGUUUAUGAUGCAUCCGUACAUGAUGGCUAUAAUGCAUACCGGAAUGAAAGUUAGGAUUGCAGCGUGCUCUCUAAUAUACAGGAAGUCCUUGAAACUGAGUAAAACUGCACUAGGACAAACUACUGCCGGCCAAGUUGUCAACUUGUUAUCGAAUGAUGUCAGUCGAUUCGAUAUUGCUUUUAUUUUUCUACAUAUUUUGUGGAUCGGACCUCUUCAAACUUGUCUUGUUACUUAUCUGAUGUGGACACAAAUGGGAUUGGCUGUAUUACUCGGACUCAUCGCUUUGUUACUGUUUAUCCCAUUUCAAGGUUGGCUCGGUAAAAGAGCAUCUUCUUUGCGGUUAAAAACAGCCGCUCGAACAGAUGAAAGAGUUAGAGUCAUGAAUGAAAUUAUAUCUGGAAUACAAGUCAUUAAAAUGUAUACUUGGGAAAAACCUUUUGCUCACCUGGUAGAAGUUGCUAGAAGAAAAGAAAUAAAUGAGAUUACGAAAACCUCCUAUAUUAAAGGAAUUAUGCUGUCAUUUAUUAUAUUCCAUGCUAGAACUGCAAUCUUCUUCACAAUUCUAUCGUAUGUUCUUCUCGGUAACAGGAUAAAUGCUGAAAAGGUGUUCGUUUUGACGUCAUUUUACAGUAGUUUAAGGCAAACUAUGACUGUAUUCUUUCCACAAGCGAUCACCCAAGUUGCUGAAGGCCUUAUAUCAGUUAAAAGGAUUAAAGAUUUCUUGAUGAUUGACGACCAACAGAUGAAGAAACCAAAACAUAUAAUUAAAGCUAAUGGAAAAGUCGAUUUGGAAAAUAACGGAAUUCAGCUCCUCAGCGAUGAAAAGAAAGUUCCCCUUACGGCCGUCCAUUUUACUGGAAAAACGGAUAAACCUGGUAUUUUCAUGAAGAAUACAACUGCUAAAUGGGUGGAAAGCUCACAUGAAAAUACGCUGAGCAAUAUAACGUUAGAUUUUGUUCCUGGAUUACUCACAGCUAUCAUUGGACCUGUUGGGUCUGGGAAGACAUCACUUUUCCAUGCUAUUUUAAGGGAAUUGAACCUCUCAAGUGGAUCGAUACAAGUUAACGGUCAAGUAUCGUAUGCUUCUCAAGAGCCAUGGCUUUUCCAUGGAAGUGUGCGUCAGAAUAUUCUUUUUGGUCUCGAUUACAAUCGUGACAGAUAUAGGCAUGUCGUGAAGGUUUGUUCCCUUCGAACUGAUUUUGAACUGCUUCCUUACGGUGAUAAGACCAUUGUGGGAGAAAGAGGUGUCUCCUUAAGUGGAGGCCAACGAGCGAGAAUCAACCUGGCCAGAGCUGUCUAUAAGAAUGCAGAUAUUUAUCUUUUAGAUGAUCCUUUGUCAGCAGUCGAUACCCAUGUUGGAAAACAUUUAUUUGAAGAUUGUAUCCAAGGGUAUUUGAAGAAGAAGACAGUGAUCCUUAUCACUCACCAGUUGCAAUACCUGGAUAGUGUAGAUCAAAUUGUAUUACUUGAAAAUGGGAUUGUUUCUGCUGUUGGUUCAAAUGAGACACUUCAACAAUCAGGUCUUGAUUUUACUAAAUUAAUGUCUGAAAAGGAACAUAAGGAAGUUGUGGAAGAAAAACCUGUAAUUCGAACACUCGGAAGCAGACAAUCAUCUAUUCAGAGUAUGGCAUCUUCCUGCUAUGAUGAAAUAAACACAGAAAUCCCAGUGGAAGUCGCCGAAACUCAAACGAAAGGCACAGUUAGCGGAAGAGUGUACAGGGCCUAUAUUGCCGCGGGUGGCGGUUGUUGCCACGGUCUCUUCUUACUCUUCAUGUGUAUGUUUUCUCAGGUUCUCGCCAGCGGUGGCGACUACUGGAUCACUUACUGGGUAAACAUGGAAGAACAUUUUUAUGGUACAGGAAAUGGUGAAUCAAAUUUAAGGAAUGUCACAUCCGCACUAAGUGCCGAAAUAAGUAGCAACAUCACUAACAUUGUUAAUGAUACAGUGACCUCUGCGAUCAAUGACACACUGACCUCUACAGUGAAAGAUGUUCCUUAUGCUUUUGUAGUCUCGAGGGAAACCUGCAUUCAUGUAUUCACUGGAAUAACUAUAGCUACAAUAAUUGUAACCAUUUUCAGAUCGUUUUUAUUUUUCUACAGCUGCAUGCAAGCUUCAAUUAGGCUUCAUAAUAGGAUGUUUGAAUCUAUAACCCGAGCUACGAUGUGGUUCUUCAACAAUAAUACUUCUGGAAGGAUAUUGAACAGAUUUUCUAAAGACAUGGGAGCCAUUGAUGAACUCUUGCCGUCAUGUAUGAUGGAUGUAAUACAAAUUGGUAUUACUUUGCUGGCCAUUAUAAUUGUGGUAUCAUCCGUCAAUCCCUACCUCCUCGUUCCCACUUUUGGAUGCGCCCUUAUUUUUUAUUUCCUCCGAAAAUUUUAUUUGUCUACUUCCAGAAGUGUUAAAAGAUUGGAAGGUGUAUCGAGAAGUCCUGUAUUUGGUCAUUUGAAUGCUUCAAUACAGGGUCUAACAACGAUUCGAGCAUUUAGAGCAGAGAAGAUUUUAAAAGAAGAAUUUGAUAACCAUCAGGAUCUUCAUUCUUCUGCUUGGUACUUGUUCAUCGCAUCAAGCAGAGCUUUUGGAUUCUGGUUGGAUGUAGUCUGCUUAGUAUAUAUAGGAAUGGUGACUCUUAGUUUUCUGGUUUUAGGAGGAGAAAAUUUUGGAGGAAAUGUUGGUCUUGCAAUAUCGCAAGCUAUCAAUCUGACUGGGAUGUUCCAGUGGGGUAUGAGGCAAUCGGCGGAACUAGAAAACCAAAUGACAUCGGUGGAAAGAGUUCUCGAAUACUCUGACAUAGAAAUGGAACCACCAUUGGAGUCCCCACCUGAUAAGAAGCCAAGGGCUACUUGGCCUGAAAAAGGAAGAGUUGAAUUUAUCGAUGUCCAUCUCCGUUACAGUGCUGCUGAACCAUGGGUUUUGAAGAACUUGAAUUUUGUCAUAUUACCGCAACAGAAGGUUGGAAUAGUUGGAAGAACUGGAGCUGGAAAAUCUUCGCUGAUUUCUGCUCUCUUCCGCCUGUCGGAAGUUGAUGGAGAAAUUACAAUAGACGAUAUUGAAACUUCUACUAUUGGUUUACACGAGCUUAGAUCUAAAAUUUCAAUCAUCCCGCAAGAACCUGUUCUUUUCUCGGGAAGAUUGAGGAAGAACCUCGAUCCGUUUGAUGAAUUUUCUGAUGAUGUACUGUGGAAUGCUCUUGAUGAGGUCGAAUUAAGAGAAGUAGUGAAGGAAUUGCCAGGUGGCCUGCACGCACAAAUAUCAGAAGGAGGUUCAAAUAUGAGUGUUGGUCAGAGGCAGUUGAUAUGCCUAGCACGUGCCAUCAUUAGAAACAACAGGAUUUUGGUUUUGGAUGAAGCUACAGCUAAUGUUGAUCCACAGACUGAUUCAUUAAUUCAAGAAACCAUCAGAUCAAAGUUCGCAGACUGCACAGUAUUAACAAUAGCUCACAGGCUCAAUACUGUAAUGGACUCUGACAAGAUAUUAGUUAUGGAUGCUGGAACUAUGGUGGAAUUUGACCAUCCUCAUAUCCUUCUUCAGAAUAAAUAUGGUUUCUUACACAAGAUGGUCCAGCAAACUGGAAAAGCCACAGAGGAAACCUUAACCAAGAUCGCUAGUGAGAGUUAUCUAUUAAAAAAAUCUGAGGAACCAGAGGAAAGCAGUGUCAUCUAGGCGCCAUUAUCUAAUUACCUAAGGACUUUAUUUUCCACUUCACAAAAACAUUUUGGAUCAAGUGUUACUGCAGCGCUAUUUUGUGCUGUACCAUAAUCAUGAAGAGUCAUAUUAUUGGUAGCAGCCAUCUAUUGAACAGAUUUUUUAAAUAAAUAUAUAUUUUAAAUGCUGUCAUCAAUUAACAUUACUCGUAAAGGAAAGUCUUUGAAAAAGUGUAAAGUAUAGAUUUUGAAUCUGUCCACCAGAUAUGAAUUGUAUAUUUUAAAAUGUAUGAUAGUAUUUUUCAUAUAGUUUGUAAUUUAAUUAUUUUCCCUCUUAGUAUGCUUAGCUGUUAAGAGACUGAGAGAAAUGUUCAAACAUUUGGUAUAAUUAUAUUUUAUGAAGCUAAUAAAAAAUGUACAUUUUUAAUGUAUAUUUAAAAUUUUUAAUAUUGAUUUGCAUGUUGUGAUGUGCCUUUGUAAAGGAAUCUUGGUUUUUAAUGAGCUGAAUUUAAAUUUUGAAAUAUAUACAUAGAUAUAUUCUUUUCCAUCAAGUGGAAUUUUUAUUAUUUUCAGUUUUUACAUAUUUAUGUAUUUUAUGUACCUGUAACUUGCGGAUACUUAAAUGUUUUAUAUUAAUCACUAAUUUAUCAAACAAGUUCCUGAGAUUGUUACUUAUAUAAAUAGUUAUAAACUAUUUUAACUGUAAUUCAUAAUUACAGGCCAACUUAAAAUGUCAGUACUUAAAAAUGGCUAUUUUUUCAAAAUAAAUGUAAUUGUUAAAUAUUAUAUAGAAUUUGUUUUAAUUCUGAUUGUGAUGUCUAGAAUUUAACCUGCUUAGAUUUAAGUGGCGAACAAUAGUAGCUAAAUUCUGGGGCCAUUUUUAUAGUUAUGGCUAUCUAUGUUGUUAUUUUAUUUUAGCAAAUAAAUUUAGAUACUUGCUUGAAUGUCAAUGAAUAGAAGCUAAAGUGGUAUGUGAAUCUGUCGUCAAUUAUGUAUUUUAAUUUGUAUAAGUUGUAAUUAUUUUUUUGUGAUGUUAUUGUUUUCUUAUCCCAUUAACAGUAUCGAAAUAUUAGUAGUUACAAAACCAAUUCAUUGUAUUUUGUAAAUUAAUUUGCCAAAGUGCCUAAUUAUAAAUUUAAACAUACAAAUAUGUAUGUAUGUGAAAUUACAGAUAUACAAUGUUUUUAUAUUCAAUGGGGCAUAUUGCCUGAAUGGAUAAAACAUGAGUAUUAAACUUUCUGUUUU